UGCGUGGACGUGACUCGGAUGGGAAAAGAAAACCGAAACCGCAACCAGAAGUUCAUUUUACGCGAUUUCUGAAUGGGACUUGUGUUCAGAAAGCAGCUCAAGAAAAAAAACAAAAUGUGAAAAGCGAAGAAAAAUAUGCAAAAGUGGGAAAACAAAGAAAGGAAAAAUUAAGACAAAGUUAAACCACUUGAUGUCCCCUCGGGUGUCCUGUGUCUGUGUCCUGCAGUGCCGCCUGUCGAGUGCCUUUUGCCGAAAUCACUUUUAAAAUUUGUUUGCCCUGGCCGUAUUCAAAUGGAUAUUAGAAUGCCGCGCUGAACCGAGGACCCAAGGAGUGAAAACAGGGCGAAAAGAAACUGGGGAUUUCUCCAAGGAUGCGUAACGUAAAAAAGGGAUUAUUGUGCAUCAUUUCGGGCUGUGCGAAGAAAACGUAAGGAGGCGAAAGAAAAAAUAUUCUCGAGUCGGAUUAUGCGAUAAAUUGUUACUGAAGUGUAAAUGUUUUCUCACGUGUUAAAUCAUUAAAUAUAAGCCAUCCAAGCUGCACAGAAAUGAACCACAAUCGGUUUAGAGCCCCACCAUAUGGCUAUUGUAACUUAUUACCAAGAACUUUGAACCUAAAGAAAGCCCAUCGAAAGGCAAUGUGAAACUUGUUAAACACUAUAAAUGGCCCAAGUUCCUCGGGUUUUUUGUCCCAAAACUUUUGCCCAUUAGUCAUCGGGAACACUGUGUGAUAGUUCUGCCGUGCAAGUUAUUAACUUUUGAGAGGCGACGGAAAAGAAAAUUCUAUGUUAUUAAUUGCUAAAUGAUUAUGAAAGUUUAAGUGGAAAUAAGUUGAUUUAUAUUUCUUGGCAAGUUCAAGCACUUGGCUUGUUCAUUGAUUGAGCUGUUGAAAUAAAAAGUUGGGAUGAUGAAUUGUUCUUGAAGAGUUCUUAAACUAUGCAGCUAAAAAGUUGACUUUAAAAGUGCACAACUUAACAAGUUGAAGUUUGAACUUUAUUUUUAUAAAAUUUUUUGCAGGCUGGUUUGGUCUUCAUUUUAUAUUUUUUUUUGUGGAUUUAAUUCAAAUUUAAUAUUACUUUCUAAGCUUUGACCAGUAAAUUAUUCGGUUAUUGCAAAGCCACUUUAAUAAACAUAAUAAAAUCCUGUAGCAAACAACUUUGUUAGGAAUAUUUGUUUAUUAGGGCUUAAACGGAUUUGUGAUGUUCGGCUAAAUAACUUUUCGCAAAAGGCCAAAAACCUAAAUAAACAAAUUGGAUUACCAUACAAUAAAGUCGACUUCUGAUGCCAGUUUAUUUGUCUAUGUUGGUGCCACUGCAGCGGCAAUAAAAGUUUAGCACUCAACAAAGGCGAAAACACUUAAAUAAAUAUAUAAAUCAAGCAACACAAAAAUAGUGCACGAGAGGACAGACGCAGUGAGCAAACAAAGGGACUGCUACAAAAUCGCUGGAGAAAACGCAUCGAAAAACUUGUGGCCCAUAAAGAAUAGUUGCAAUUUUUUGUUGUUGAAAAACCCGAAAUAAAAUCGAAUAAAAUAAAAUAAAAUGGAAUAGGACGGAGGUUAGAUGGAAACCAAAUAGAGGCAAGCCAGGACCCAGCCCCAAGUGUAUUAAUUCAAUAAACCUAUUUAUCUGAGACUUCGACUGGGAUUUGGAGAGCCGGGCAGAGAAUGCGACAAAGUUUGCCAGCCAAGACGGCGCAGUGCAAUCAGCAGAUCCUGUCUCUGGUCCUAAGGAGCAAGGGAAGUCAGAGGAGUCAGAGCAGCCAGAGGAGCCAGAUUCGAUGCCGCAAACGAGUCCCAAUUGGAGGCAGGCGGACAAUGAGCGCACAAAAGGCGCUGUAAGUGUCAUUGCAGCCAGGAACUGGGCCACUGGGACCUCCACGCAGGACUAGAGUCGCAAGAGCAACAGAAGGAGCAGGAACUGAGGGAGCAGAAGGACCCACACCAGCACCAGCAGAUCCAGGACCCGGACAGCAACGUUGACAACCGAGAUGACAGUGGCAGGACGAACGGGACGAACGGAAGGCGGAGGAGCGCCGUGGUGUCGCCGAUUUUUCCAUACAUCCCGACCAGCGUCUUGGCUGCGUAUCAGCACCAGCUCCGUCCUCCUGGUCCUGGCUCUUGGCCUUGGGAUACAAGCAGUCACCUGCAGUACUCCAGAGCCUGUAGAGAGUCGUACAGAUCCAGCGGCUUUGGCGCGGGGACUGAAAGCUGCUCAGGGACAGGUUUGGACGGCCACCACAAGAUCCACUUUGGCAGAUAGGCCAAUGACAACACAAAACGAUCUAAUUACGACAGCCAGCAACUUGACGACAGCAAAAAAGACAGCCACAGAAACGGCAGCUGGAACAGAGGCAGCACCAGGCUCAUGGAGCACUACCACCACAGCCGUGGCCCGGGGCAUGUCAUCAGCAGAUGUGGCAGGAGCAACGAUAGCAACCAGCCAGUCAGCACAAAUUGGGCUAACUACUCAGGCCGCAGGACGGCAAACAGAAGCAGCAGGAGCCGGAGCAGCAGGAGGAGCGUCAACUGAGACCGCAGCAGAGAUGCUCAUAUCAACAAUUUAUCCAGCAUCAGCGGAAACGGAUGUGCGCAACUCCAUUGAAAAGAUGGUGAACGCGGCGCAUCCGGGUGUCCCUGAUUCUUUGACCAAGGGCUUCUCCAUUCCGACCUUCCUGCCGCCGUUUCCCGUUUUUGCGGCAGCGGAUCUGCCCGCUUACCGGGCCGCUGCCGAUGCGGCCGAGGCGGCCAAGUUAGCGGCGGAGGCGGCUCAGGUCGCUCGGGCGGAGGCGGAGGCCCAGGCCGCCAAAACAUCCGCCGAAGCGGUGACAAUGUCACCGGAGGAGCAGCGCCGGCAGGUGUUUAAUGAGCAGCACUCCUACCUGGCCGCCCACCGGGAGGGGGGUUCGCGGAGAAAUCUGACAAUGCCCGUGCUGAACAUCACCGCCCAGAACGGAAACCACGCCUACAUGCCGUGCCAGAUACAUCGCCUGUCUGAUAAACCCGUUUCGUGGGUACGCAUGCGCGAUAACCACAUCAUCAGCGUGGACGAGACAACCUUUAUAGCGGACGAGCGUUUCCAGUCGAUAUUUCAGGAGGAUCAUGAUUACACCUGGUCCUUGCAGAUCAAAUACGUGGAGCCUGGCGAUGCUGGGUGGUACGAGUGCCAGAUGGCAACGGAGCCCAAGCUCAGUGCCAAAGUGCACCUACAGAUAGUCAAACCCAAGACUGAGCUGAUUGGGGAUCAGAGCCGAUUCGUGAAGGCGGGCAGCAAGGUGGCGCUGCACUGCAUCGUCCGCGGCACCCUGGACCCGCCCAAGUACAUCAUCUGGUUCCGGGGUCAGAAGAAGAUUAGCGAAAGCGACGAGCGGACCGGCUGGUACACGCAGCUAGAUAGGAACAUAUUCGGAACGGUGGGCGAUAAUCAGAACACGAUCGGCUCAUUAAUUAUACCGCUCGUGCGGAAAGAGGAUUCCGGCAAUUAUACGUGCCAGCCGUCGAACAGCGUCUCCGUGUCCGUGGACCUGCACGUGCUAAGCGGUGAAUACUCCGCAUCGGCCAUCAUGUCCACGGCGGCCAGGACGACGACAGGCGGGCGGAGCACGUUCCACUCGCCGCUGGGUCUCCUGGGAGUCCUUGGAGUUCUUCGAGUCCUCUGGGCGAUGCAGGGAGCGAUGCACACAAACACACCGCCGGCGCACCAGACGUGACUCGCCUAUUGAACGCCUGGUCGUGGCGUCCGACUUCCAAUUAUUUGUAAGCUUUUGCGCCAUCUGCAGUUACGUAAUUUAGGUUAGAGAUUAAUUAAAGGCGGCCUUGUAAAUAGCGGAGAGGAGCAGCAGGAGGAGAAGGAGGAGAAGCAGAAUCCCCGUCGAAGCAGGAUUGACGACUCUGUAAUUAGGUUAAAACGUUACCAUAACUCUCAUGUCUGCGUGUCUCACAAUACGAGUAUCCCCCACACCCAUACUGCAUUCGAAUUCAAUCUAAUGUACAAUUCAAUUUAAGCAGACCCCAUUUCAAGUUGUGAAAUCGAAUCAAUAAUUAGAUUAUUGUCAGAGAGAUAUUAUUAAAUGAAAAUAAUAAAACCGAAUCAUAAAAAUCCAUCAUAAAUAACAGGCACUCAAUAAAUCAUGUGAAACUUUA